AUGACUUUUCGUUCGCGGAAAUGUCGAUCUACUUCGAUUUCUUCGUCGCAAGAGUCUAGGGUGAGUUGGUUUUGAGGUUUGGGCCUAAAAGUUGUUAAGUAAAUUAUUUACAUUAGUGAAAUAGGGUAGACUAAGUACAAAAUCUAGGCUUACAAAUAUUCGCUUAGCGUUGAAUUAAUAUUCUUAAAAUACCCUUAACCUAAUUCAAAUUCCCAAAAACCAUUUCCAGAAAAAAAUCGUGACUCGCGUUCAAGAAGGUCUUCUCGAAGGCGUCAGCCACACCACCAAAACCGGCUACACCUGCAAUUUCUUCCUAGGAAUCCCAUAUGCCAGCCCGCCAGGCCGAUUCGAGAAGCCUAAGCCUAUGACUCCAUGGGUCGGUGUGCGGAAAUGCGAUGAGCUGCCGAAUCGCAGUAUUUUUCGCGAGAUGUUUUGGGAGAAGUUUUUAGCCAAGGCUCCACAAAGCGAGGAUUGUCUGUAUUUGAAUGUUUUUGCUCCGGAGCUCAAGGCGGGCUCCGAUGCUCAAAAAUCCUACCCAGUAUUAUUCUACAUCCACUGCGGUGGAUAUAUGAUUGAUUCAACUGAACGGUACACUCCUGACACACUGUGCAAGCGGCUGAUCUCUAGAGAUAUCAUAAUUGUGACCUUCCACUAUCGCCUGGGAUAUCUAGGCUUCCUCUCAACAGGAGAUGAGAUCUGCCCAGGGAAUUUCGGGCUUUGGGAUAUGCUAGAGGCUCUGAAGUGGACCCACAAGAACAUCGCAAGUUUCGGCGGCGAUCCGGAAAACAUCACAAUCUCGGGGCAUUCCGCAGGUGCCGCAUCAGCAGAUCUACUCUCCUACUCUCCGCAUGCUUCCGGAAUCUUCAAACGGAAAAUCAUCAUGGGCGGAAAUUCACACUGCCAUUGGGCAGUGCAGAAGAGUUGCGCGGUGCGCGAGUAUUGUAUGCGACAGGCGAGGAAGCUGGGUUGGAAGGAGAAGCCUGGCGGGUAUGCGACGAAGCGGGAUGAGAGUUUGGCGUUGGUGGAGUUCUUCAAGAAGGUGCCGGCGGGGAAGUGAGUUUGAAGAGGGGUGGAAAAGGGGCGGGGCUGGGGUUUUGCAAGUCUGGCACACUUUUGUUCGAGCGCUCUGCGCGAGUGUAAACCGCAAGCUUCCGCGAAGCGGCACUGUCUUUCGCAAAACGGCUAAGCCUGUUCCUAGAAGCCUAGCCCCUUGCGCUCUGAAAAGUGGGCGGAGCCUAACUCCUGCAAUCCUGGCACACUUUUCCAUUUUCCAGAAUCGGCACAACAAUGUUCUUCUGCAAAACAAUUCCUGCAGAAUGCCGUCUUCCACUAGCCCCAGUCAUCGACGGCGAUUUCUUCCCAACCGAUAUCCCAAGCCUGCGCGAGACCCAAACCCACGUUCCCUCAAUUGUUGGGGGCGGGGAAUAUGAGGCUCUGCUUUUCGUAGCUAUUUAUUUGCUGAAGGGAAGUCAGAAGGAGGUGCAGAAGGUCAUAGAGAUGUUAGCGAAGAAGAUGAAGACCAGUAGAGCACAGGUGCUCGAGGGGAUUGGGUAUGUGUAUGAGGAGCAGUUGCAGGGCUGGAAAGAGCCCGGCGCAAGGCUCGAGGUUCUCCGAGCCCUCGAGGCCCUUCCCACUAAGUCACGCCAAAAAUUCUAUGUGGAUCUCAUCUCGGACAUUUUCGGCAACUAUGCCAAUCAUCAAUUCAUUCAAGAUCAAAUCACCAGGGAUAUCCCGUGCUAUGCCUAUAGUUUUGACUGGCAAAGCAAGCAGCUGUGGGGUUGGCUCCAGCAUGUGGUUCCGUUCACCGGCGGGACCCACACUUCGGAUUUGACUCAUCUUUUUGACUGUAACUACAUGUCGGCCGCUCUGGAUAUGAAUAAGAUGGAUAAAUUUGUGAGUAAGAUGACGCAGCAGUAUUUUACAAAUUUUAUCAAGACCGGCGAUCCGAACUUGGGAAGCCUGGACUCAGGCCAAGGGCUCGCAGAUGCUCGCAAUCUCCCCGAAUGGCUACCCAUGGCGCGCUCCCACGGGCAAGUUUUGAGUAUCAAACCGGCUCCCGAGAUGAAACAUACCGCCUAUUCUACCAGGAUGCAGAAAUUCGAGCAGUUUUUAGGCUCGCGGAGCUCUGACACUCAAGCGAAAAAUUCUUGUGUGAUAGAAAAUGACGUGCUCAAAAAUAUAACCACGGUUAUAGUUGAAUAAUUUUUUUUCGGUUUUUUAGUGAAAAAAAUUAAUUUUAGGAUGUUUCCGAAUGAUCUCUAUAAUAAAGUAUUUUUAUUUAAAAUUAGUUGUCUAUGAGAAAACCGCGACGCAGCCGCGACGCGUACAAAAACUUCUUUCUCAACUAGUAGCUGAUUGCUCAUGUUACAAAUCACAUUGCUAAUAUUAGAAGUCUUAUUGCUCAUAUAAAACUCUCUACUCAUCUGAAAUUUUCAGGAUCAAAAACCGCAACGCAACCGCGUCGCAUGA